ACUGCUUGAGUGAAUCACCAUAGAAGGACCUCACAUAGCUAGAGCCUAGAGGGAGAGUGAUCAAGGCAGCAAUGGCGACCCAGGCUCAGCAACUGGCCGUCCCCACAGAGGCGGAGCUUCUGCAGGGGCAGGCGGACCUUUGGCGCCACAGUCUCUACUACAUGACCUCCAUGGCAUUCCAGUGCGCCGUCAAGCUCGGCAUCCCGACCACCAUCCACAGCCUGGGUGGCGCAGCGUCGCUGCCCGACCUGGUCGCCGCGCUGUCCCUUCCACCCGCCAAGCUGCCUUACCUCCGCCGCAUCAUGCGGCUGCUGGCGACGUCCGGCGUCUUCGCCGCCGACAGCGCCGCCGCCGACGUGGUCGCCACCUACCGCCUGACCCCGCUCUCCUGGCUUCUCCUUGACGGCGUCGCCGUAGAUGGCCACCCGAGCCAAACCUCCCUUGUGCUCGCCGCAACCUCGAGGCACUGCCUUGAGGCUGCCAUGGGGCUCUCCGACUGGUUCAAGAAGGACGUGGCGGCGUCGCCGUUCCAGGACCUCCAUGGCGUGACCCUCUUCGACGGGACCAUGGCGGAGCAAGACCCCGAGGUCGACGCCGUGUUCAACGACGCUCUGGCGUCCCAUGACAAUUCCGGCUUCCUCGCGGUCUUACGGGAGUGCGGCGGCACCCUCUUCCAGGGGCUCGAGUCCCUGACCGACUGCUGCGGCGGUGACGGCACGACGGCAAGAGCCAUCGUGGAGGCCUUCCCGCAAAUCAAGUGCACCGUGCUCGACCUGCCGCGGGUGAUCGACAAUGUCCCAGCCGACGGCGUGGUUAACUACGUCGCCGGUGACAUGUUCAACUCCGUCCCAUUUGCCCAGGCUGUGUUGAUCAAGCUUGUGCUGCACCACUGGAGUGAUGAGGACUGCGUGAGGAUCCUUGCUCAGUGCAAGAAGGCCAUCCCUCCGCGGGAAGAGGGAGGGAAAGUGAUUGUCAUCGACAUAGUUGUAGACUCUUCUUCGGGACCAACACACGAAGCAGAGCUCCUCAUGGAUGUAGCCAUGAUGGUGAUGACCAAUGGCCGGCAGCGGGAUGAAACUGACUGGAGCGAGAUAUUCAUCAAGGCAGGAUUCAGUGACUAUAAAGUUGUGAAGAAACUAGGAGCUCGAGGUGUCUUUGAGGUCUACCCGUGAGAGACAGGACCAAAAAUACGGAUCCGAAUUAAUUGAAGCAAACUCUAUACAAUAUUGUCCUGAGGCCGCGUCAAUUAAUUAGGAUCGGAGGGAGUAUUAUAAUUUGUGGUUUGCUUCAGUGGAUGUGCUCUAUGGAAAUUGUCUUACUUUGCCAGAUAUGUCUGGAGGAUAAUACUGUACAAGGUAAGAUGGGGUGUUAUGCAUAAUAUGGGGUGUUAUGCACUCUUGGUUACUUUCCAAUCUGUAAAACUUCUAUUCGGAGUACUAAAGCACUCGGUGUGCUUUUCUGA